UGUGCUUCCCAGUGGCAAAGAGCGAGCCAUUUGGUUUUCCUGACAGUCUCAUCCGAAACGGAAACAAAGGAGCACAAACAAAAAUCCCAGCUUUGAUCGUCUCUGCGCGUGGAUCUGUGCGACGCUUAAGCUUUCUUCCAGAUCACUCAUGGCGGAUAUUGAACUGAAAACAGCACCAGCUGAUUUUCGAUUCCCUACAACAAACCAGAGCAGACAUUGCUUCACUCGCUACAUUGAAUUCCAUAGGUGCGUUGCAGCAAAAGGCGAAGAGUCUCGUGAAUGCGAGAAAUUUGCCAAAUACUAUCGUUCCUUGUGCCCUGGGGAAUGGGUUGACAGGUGGAAUGAGCAGAGGGAGAAUGGGGUUUUCCCGGGGCCUCUCUAAUUUCAGACUUUGGGCAUUCAGUUUGACCCUUAUUGGUCAUGGACGUGCAAAUUGUUAUGUUUGUUUCUGAAACUUGGCCUUCUCGCAUGUGGAUUUGAUUCUAGAACAAUAAGGCAUCAAAUGGAGCUUUUUGAGUUUGCCCAAGUUUUUUCGAUUUCAUCAAACGGUUCAUCCGUCUUUGUUGAAUGUGUUACCUUUCCUGUUCGAGUCGAGAUUAUCUUAUCUAUCUUUAGCAGGUUUGGGGUUUUUAGCCUAGAA